CAUAUUUCGAACAUUUCGAAACAAAACAGAAACAGUUUUAUUUUGCCGAGAGAUUAUCGAGAACCUAUUAUAAAUUAAAUAAUUUUUAAUUAUUUGGUGUAAAAUCUAACUAUCUCAAUUGAUAGUAUAACUUUAAGACUUCUUAAACAAAAAGUCGUGAUUCGCUGUUGUAAGAAACAUGGGAACCUUGUUUGAUCAUUUGAAGAAUUUGUUUGACAAUGAAUUAUAUUCGAAUGCUAAAACAUUGGCGACAAUGAUACUGUCUGUAUUUGAAACUAACAGAGCGAUUCUAGCACCUCAGCAACAUUUUUACACCCUAAUUUAUUAUGCGGAAUCACUCUACCAAGAACAUCAGUACCGGGAAGCCGAGGGAAUCUUCCGUCAAGCCCUGCAAGCUAAACGACUUCUACCGAAGGCUAAAUCUCCAGGAGGUAAAGUUAUUGAAAAUCCAACGGAUAUUUUCUCGGAAGUAGAAAUAAAAUUCAAAACAGCCAAAUGUCUGAUCGAGAUCAAAAGAUUCCGCGAUGCAAUAGUUGUGCUGCAAUCCUUAUCAAUUAAGCAACGUACUGCGAAAGUGAAUAUGCUAUUAAGUCGGUUAUAUCACAACCAUGGGCACGAGAGAAGCGCAAUUGGCACUUACAAAGAAGUAUUAAAAGAUUGUCCACUGGCUUUUGAAGCUAUAGAAGGUUUACUUUCCUUAGGAACGAACGGUAUCGAGGUUAAUACUUUAGUGCUGAAUGCAACUCUAGCGCCUCAAUGUAACGAUUGGCUGAGCAAUUGGAUAAAGGCUCAUGCUCAUAUUCAGAACCGCAAAUAUUCGGAGGCCAUUCAAACUCUUAAAUCCGUUGAAUCCAAUACUGCACUAUCUAAUUAUCAUCAGCUUCUUGUUUUGAUUGGAGAAUGUUACUAUCAUAACGGGGAGUACGAAAAUGCGUAUACAUAUUUGAAAAGAGCACAUAGCUUAUACCCGUACAUGAAGAAUGGCGUUCAAAUUCUGGCUAUUUUAAUGGCUAAGAAAAAAAAGGUUAGCGAACUUGAGAAAAUGAUUGCACCGACUUCAACAUUUCCAUACGAAUACUCUUCGGAAAUGUGGUUUGUAAUGGCACAAUACCUCUACUCAACGGCCAAGUAUGAUAAAGCUGUCUAUUUUGUUCAGAAGGCUUGUUUUCUUAAUCCAAAAAAUGCUGAAGCUCUUAUACUGAAGGCAGAAAUUUUACUUCAAUUAAAAAAAUACCAAGAAGCAAUCGCUCAUCUUAGAUUUGCACAGCAGUUUGCGCCGUACCGCUACGAGGUGCAUAAAGUGCUGGUUGAAACCUAUUUGAACAUGAAUCGAUUGCGUGAGGCUCAAGCACAAGCACUGAAAGCGUUGAAAACUAUUGGCGAAACUCCUCGGCUGUUAGUGCUUCUUGGUCGAACGUAUCUUAAGGAUGAGGGCAUAACAAAGGCAAAAGCUAAAACGUUAUUCCAAAAAGCGCUCGAAUUGAAUGAAAAUUAUUUACCAGCAGUUUAUUUGCUGGCAGAUGUUUAUCAGCAGGAAAACGAUGUCACUAACUGUAUGAAGCUAUUGAAGAAGCAUGCAAUGUUAACCCAAAACUGUAAAUUGCAUGCUAUGCUUGGAGAUUUGCUAAGUAACGACAAGGACCAUACAGGAGCAUUGGAGCAUUAUACAAUUGCACUCAACCUUGACCCAACAAAUCGUUGUGCAAUGGCAGGUCUUUCAGCCAUGGGACAUAGUGGCACGAGUGGUACGGGUGCAGCAAUGAAUUCUUCAUAUUUAGAGUCCUCAAUGGCUGAUGACAUUAGUGAUGUUCAAGAUAAUCCACUAGAAAUGAUUGAAAUCCCUCAAGGAGUCCAAAACGACUUAGAAUCUGAAAGUGACAUCAUGUGGUCCGAUGUCGAAAUAGAAAUAAACCAAUAGUUCUUUUAAUUUUUACACAACUCAUUUUAUGACUAUUACAUAUAACUAAAUAAAAACAUAAUUCAGAUAGGUACUUUAUUAUCAUAAA